AUGGCCCCCACCAAGAAGCAGCCCAACCGGCGCCAGUAUACCACCCCCCAGAUGCCCAAGCUGAGAUGGUCCAGGCAGAGGCGAUUAGUACUGUGUUUCCUCUUCGACGUCUUCCUCUGCGACCGCAGACAAACUGAGCAAAUCUUCUCUUUCCUGUUCAGAGACCACCUGAAUGACCAAGGCAUUCUGGGCCUUGCCCCAAUGAGCAAACUCCGCGCCCAAAGAAACUGGAUGAAAAACACAGACAAUAUUGUGUGGCUACAUUUUCAGAACCCCGAAUUUGAAGCCAGCAGCGAAGCACGCGAGAUUCGAACCAAAAUAAUAUCUGCAGCGAGAGCUCUCAGCUUGGACUUGCGAAUCAGAACACCGAAUGGCGACACACCAACUCCAACGGAGACACACGAGGUAAGUAUUGUAUCAUCCGAGAUCACUUCCACACUGACACUCCAAGGAUGCACACAUGAUAUCCCCCUCGCAAUCAGCAACCUCAGAGUCACAGACAAGUUGGAUACAGGCCAACCGCAAGACUACCUCGAAGCAGCAAUCACAGAUCUACAAAGUUGUCUCAGUGACAUAGAUUCUGAACCCGACUCUGAUGAACCGGUGGUGACUAGCCAUGGCAAGCUCUGCUUGUGGUGUGAUAACCACGCGGAAAGCGAAAACCCAAAUGAUCACAUCCCACAAAGUGACAUGGAAAUCGAAGUUGAAGACUCGGAAAUCCAAGAUCCCACUCUGGGGAGGCACCCUGACCCACCUGACCUGGACGGGCUCCCCCUGGACGAGAUCCCACCGCUGCUGUACAGAUGGUUCAAUAUUGACUCUCAAGGCGAAAACUCGACGGGGGGCUUUCUAUCAGGCCUCUUCUGCGUGGAAUCCCCCUUUAAUCGCGAGGAAAUCACCAAUCAAGAAUUUGUGAAGCAUUUUGUUCAACACGUCACAAAGAAGAAGCGUCUGACUCCCCUAAUAUCAACGUUUCGCUCCCCCUUGGCACCAAUUCACCGAGCUCUGAACAGUCAAAAGCCAGCAUCGCUGGCUAUCAUAGACACCCGAAAGCUGCAAACAGAAGUCUUCAGCGCCCAUCCCAUCGCCAAGUACACAUGCACAUUCACCACGCAAUGGCGCGGUUACGGUGAAUACCUCAUCUGGGGACAUGUACCCAGCGAAGCCGUCAUCUUCCUAUCCCCCAUCAACAGGAUCGAGAACCUAGCAACCGAACACAGCGACAUCAACCGUCUCCUCUUGCUAGACUUCCUACGAGACAGACUAUUCUGCGACCAAAGUCUCCGAUUCCGACUAUCCGCCAAGCGCAAAUCACCCUACAAAUCCGGCCGAACAUUCGGAAAACUGCUCUUCAUUCUCAACUUCCCCCGUCUGUACUGGGAGUACGCGGCAAACACAUUUAUGAAAUGCUGGGGCUGGGAAGAAGCCGAAGAAACUGUCUUGCUCCUGAGCGGCCUGAAGAGCGAGAUGCCAUAUUCGAAUGAAUUGUCGGACUCGGAGUCCGAGGAAGCGCAUGGGCCUUUUCCUAAAUCUCAGAGAUCAAGGCAGGAGUCUCUGUGCUCGGAUAUGGAUUAUGCGCCUUCGGUUGUUGAUGUAGACUCUGAGUCUGAGUCUGAGUCUGAGUCCUCUGAGGAAAGAGACGAGUCGGAGAAUGAGUCUGGGAUCAUGGAGGCUAGGAGUGAAACUGUUGAUGAUGAGCGUUUUUCUACACACGAGAGCAUGUCGAGCUUUGGGUCUUUGAUUAAUAGGAGGGAACGGCGACGUGGUGUUACCGAGUCUUUGGGGGUGCAGCAUGGGCAUUCUGCGGGCCAUCGAGAUGGGACUGGUCUAGCGGUUGAAGUGCCUUGUCGAGUGCAGAAUCAGCGAGCCUGUGAUGGAGAUACAAUGAGCGAGGUUUUGAUCUUUGAGGGCGGAUCGUGGGGUCCGCUCUAG